AUGACGACCAAUCCAGCUGCGUACAAGCUCAACCAUUCGAUGAUCCGUGUCAAGGAUCCGAAGCGCUCUGUCCAGUUCUACGAGUUCCUGGGCAUGAAGCAGAUCAACCACAUCAAGCAACCCGAUGCCGGAUUUGAUCUCUACUUUCUCGCAUACAAUAGCCCCAAGGCUGUCUCGCACGCCAAUCACUGGACAGACCGCGAAGGAAUUGUUGAGCUCACACACAACUAUGGCACCGAAAACGACCCCAACUACACGGUUAACAAUGGCAACUCCGAGCCGCACAAAGGCUUCGGCCACCUUUGUAUUUCGGUCGACAACAUUCAAGCUGCGUGUCAGAGACUGGAGGAUGCCGGUUACAAGUUCCAAAAGAAGCUCACAGACGGUCGCAUGCGCCACAUCGCCUUCGUGCUUGACCCGGAUGGCUACUGGGUUGAAGUGAUCGGCCAAAAGCCUUUGGAGGAGACUGAAAGCGUCAAAGACACCGACACCAGUACCUAUCGCAUGAACCAUACCAUGAUUCGCGUCAAGGACAAGGAUGUCUCUCUCAAGUUUUACACAGAUGUGAUGGGCAUGAAGCUACAGCGCACAUCAGAAAACGCCAGUGCCAAGUUCAACCUUUAUUUCCUCGGAUAUGGUCCAGACGCGCCUGAGGCGACAGCUAACGGCGUCAAUCCCCUUGCAUCCAGCGAAGGCCUGCUUGAGCUCACAUGGAACUACGGCACCGAGAACGACGCUGACUUCAAGUACCAUAACGGAAACGACGCACCACAGGGCUUUGGCCACAUUUGCAUUGCUGUGGACGACCUAGAAGCCGCCUGUGCUCGUUUCGAGGAGAAGAAUGUUACCUGGAAGAAGAGGCUGACUGACGGUCGCAUGAAGAACAUUGCAUUUGUGCUAGAUCCUGAUGGUUACUGGAUCGAGGUUGUGCAAAAUGAGAAGCUCAAGACACGUAGUAAUUGGUAA